AUGUCGAGCGACCCGUUCACCUUCAGCGUGAGGACGAACACGCGCGGCUGGGACAUGACAGAUGAGACCUUCAGGAAGCGAUGGGGGACUCGAUGGACAGCGAAGAAUGGGGACGAUUGGAUUUUGACCCAGAUCCAGUACCGUCAUGAUGAAGUGGUCGAAACUUGGCAGGCUCUUGCACGUGAGAGCCGCCCAGGCCCUGUCUUCGUGCAAGAGGGCACCAUGCCGGAGCCGCCCCGGAAAAAGCCUGCCCAGAAGAAGUCCACAAAGGCGGCCAAGCAGGACACCAAGAGCAAGGCGAAGGCGCCGGCCGAGAAGAAGGAGAAGACCCCAGUGGAGAAGAAGGGCAAGAAGGCCUAA